CAGAAACCGGGAUAAGCUCCGGCCUCAUUGGCCACUAGGCUCGUAUGCACACUUUACCUACCUUAUGGACUUAUUAAAUUUCCUGUUCUUUUCACAGUCAUCUUGGGAACGCAAACGCAAGUUCUUCGCUCAACCAGAAACUUCUUAGCGAUGCCUACACUAUUUUAAAGCAUGAAAACAAUUCUGUGAAGGCGCGAUCCUGGAUGAAAAUUGGAACAUAUCGAUACAAGGAAAGUAUUCAAAUAGAAGGCAGCAUUCUUCGACAACUCAGCCGCAUUCCUCACAGCGAGGCAAAGGCUCUUAGAAUUGUCACCAUAGUACAUGGUCAGUAUCUUUACAAGGUCGGUGGUGUGUUAGGCUGCGAAGACGGAGAGCUUUGUACAAAGAAAAGCUUGCAACGAAGAUCACUUCAACCGAGUUGCGAAGUAGGCGUGCCUUGUUAUGAGCAUGCGCAGUCAAGAAUCACGAAUAACACGAAACGACACGACACGAAUCGAAACGACACGGAACAGUUGUAUGUUUUCUGCGUAUCCGGUUUAAUGGUGGACCUUCUGGGCUUGAUACAGAACAAGCUCGGCUUCAGUUACGAGCUCUAUCUUGUCCCAGAUGGGAAGUAUGGCGCCAUAGACGAUGCCACAGGCCGUUGGAAUGGAAUGAUAGGAGAGGUGUUAUACGGACAUGCAGAUAUGGCCCUUGGCUCCAUUACCAUCAACGCGCAACGUAGUCAGGUGGUAGAUUUCACUUCUCCUUACGGCGAGGUUGGCAUAGGAAUGAUGAUAGCGAACGGAAAUAUUGCCAGACCUUUGAUAACCAUGGAAUUCCUUGAACCAUUUGGCACAAGCUUGUGGCUUGCUAUUGUGACAACAAUUCUUACGAUACUCCUUGCGUUGUGGUUCCUGGACCGAAAAACGAGGGAGUUUUAUUCCAAGAGCAAACGCCCUUUCUUGGGGGGAGAAAAGAAGUACUUUAAAAGGAGACAAAGAGUGACACUGCUUGAAAGCAUGUCCUACACGUGGAGCACGUUUGUACACGUGCCGGCUGGAAGUGGUUUUCCAAGAAGCUUAAGUUCUCGCUUUGUCGCUAUUUUCUUCGCGUUCGCCAUGAUCAUCCUCAGCAGCACGUACACAGCCAAUCUUGCUGCCACCAAGGUGAAAGAUGAAGCAGAACCACCGAUAACAGGGAUACAUGAUGAAAAGGUAAACUGACAAAGAACUACAGAUUGUCUCAGUACUAACUUACUGAGGUCUCUUCGUCCCUGUCACGACAUAACACUUUAGGCAACAGUCUUCUUAAACAUGUGGUUUUUGUGACAAUGAGCCCCACUAUGGCGGACUCUCAGUUUGUAGCGGAACCCUAAUGAAAUAAACUCAUUUCUAGUUUCUUUAUCGUCCGUGCCUUUCAGUUUCGCACUGUUCAAGGUCUGAAAGGCACGAAUCUUAUGAUGCUUUUUCCUCAGUGA